GCUGGUAUAGGUGCUCUUCGGAGAUGCACUAUGGCACAGAUAAAUACUAGUAAUAGCUUUAGAAAUCCUUCAAUUGCCCAUGACUAUACAAAUACUGCUGGUAAUAAUGCAGUAACCAUAGGUAAUGCUAAUCCUAUAGUAUUUGGUGACAUUUGGAUUAGUCAAGUAUUAUAUUGGCUUAGAAAUGAAUAUUCUAUAGUAAUAAGUGAAAUACAUAAUUUAGUUUAUGGAUCAUUAGCUCAGAGGAGUAAACCUAUAGGAGACUUUUACUUAAAACUCUUAAAAUAUAGAAAAAUGCUUAAUCUUGAUGAGCAACAGAUUAAGGAACUAUUUCUAAGAAGUUUGUCUCCAGACUUGGAGGAUGAUGUGGAAUGCAUUGGUACUGAGCAACCAUUAGCUGAUCUUUUUGAAAUUUUAGAGCAAAUUGAAAUGUGA